AUGUGGAUCUACUUUAAGUCUCCGAGUUCAAGUCGAGUUCUUUUUUUAGAUGGAACUUUUAGGAAGGAGAAAUUAAAUAAAGCAGAUUUGAAGACAUCAAAAAGGCGGCUUGUUUAUUUGUCUUAUUCAGUGAAUGCCGUCGAGAACGGAUACAGAUUAAGACCUUUCUACUUCCCUUUCUUAAGUUGGACUGCUGCUCUGCUUAGGUGA